AUGUGGACUCGUUGCUUUCAAUUGCUUUAUUCGGAUUUUGACAUUUUUGAGGAGGGAUUUUUGACUUGUAGUUAUUUUAAAGCAGCAGUAGAUUUGGGUAAUAAAAUUCAAAAACCAAAUAUAAAAAUAAAGGUUGAAGGAACUGAAAAGAAUCAGGCAAGAGAAGUGGGAUGUAAAUCAAAUGAUUAUAAAUUUAUUGGUGGAUAUUCUGAUUUUUCUAAAUUGGUUGAGAGCAGACAUAAAUUAGAUAAUGUUUCAACAUCUUCAUCAUUAAAUAUUAAAGAUGAUGUUAAUGGAUGCGAAGAUGGUGUUUAUGUUGAUGGUGAUUUAUUGUCUUUAUUGUCGUGGGCACUUCAUAUAUCACAUUUUGCAAUACGUUUAGAGAAUGCUGCAAAUGAGUUUCGAAAAAUCCAACAAGACUUGUCAAAUGUCAUAGAAGGAAGACAGCGUUUAGAUUCACAAUUACGAGAAAAUGAAAUUGAAUUUCAACUAUUAAAAGAAGAUUCAAAUAUAUUUAAACUUAUUGGACCAGUAUUAGUGAAACAGGAUAAAGCUGAAGCUGUUCAAAAUGUGAAUAAACGAUUGGAAUAUAUUCGAUCUGAAAUAAAACGUAUGGAAAAACAAAUUGAAGAUUUAACACAAAAAUCAGAAAAGAAAAAACUUGAAGCACAUCAUGCUGUUACGCCUAAUUAUAUUAGAAUUUUACACAUUGCAAGUAACAAAGAUUUUUAUGGGGUUGUUCUUCUACAGCAAGAAGAUAUGAUGGUACCUCAUUUGGUACUGUCAUUUGAUCAAAUCUAA